AUGUGGUAUCUAGAUUUUAAGAAUCAGGGACAUGACACGAAAUACUGGCUUCAGCCAAUAUACGGCUGUAUAACUUUAGGUCUGCGUUCUGAUUCAUACGACAUUGUCCUUGGUUGCAAGGAACCAGAUGCAUUAGUUAGUGCGGCCAUAUGUUUUGUAAACGAUUCUAUACAAAACGGGAAGCGGUCAGGAAUAAAACUUGUAGAUUUCGGCUGUAAACGUGGGUUGUACAUUAAUGACAAGCUGGUUGAUGAUGAAUGUGUUGACCUCUCACAUGGUGAUAGAAUAAAAAUUCCACAUGUUGUCGAAUUUGAGAUAAAGUGGCAUCCUAUUAUUAUUUGCAUAAGAAAAGAUGCAUACGAUUUCUCCGACGUGGAAUUAUACAAAUGGGAGAGCUGUUUACGAGAUCACGAUAUUCAAUACUCGUAUGAGUGGAAUUCGGAAUGUACGCAUCUUUUGAUGCGACAUUAUAAAUUCGAUUAUGCCGUGCUCCAUGCUUUGGCAGAGGUUAAACCAAUAAUAAAUCCUAAAUGGAUAGAGCAUCUAGAAGUUAUGAGGGAUGGAUCCCUAGUCAGAAUGUUUCAACUACCAGAUGAGACCAAUUAUCUUCCCGAAGCAAAGGAUGAAGUCCCUCGAUUAAAUAUAGAAUUAUUUAAAGCCAACGUGAAAAGAAAGACAUUGUUAUCUGGGACCGUGUUUGUGCUUCCCGAGGAGCAAUAUAACGAGACAAGCUCCGUGAUGCAGCUAAUAAAGAAAGUCGGUGGACAGGUAGAGCUGUAUACGGUACCCACACUAAAUGAACACGAGUUGUGCACUAUAAUUGCCAAGAAUGAGCGCAAACUGGCAGAUGCUCAUCGCGUCUGUUAUUUGACUCCAUCAAAAGCAGACUUAUGCAGUAUGCUAUGCCAUAUUUUAAGGAGCAUGCGCCUGCGGUUAAUAAACCCAGAUGAAGUGCUCACCGCAAUAUAUAAGGUUGAUGCAGACACAUACUGUGAUCCAAAAAAGGAAGCAACGAGCUCCAAGCUAUAUUUAAGGCCUCGCAUGAAAGAUUCCGCAGAAAAAAGGCCUGCUGUGUUCAAAGGACCUCAAAGACGGAAAGCUUCUCCAAAAGUGAAUAUGCCUGAUUUGAAUAAGUAUCGGAAUUUCAAUCGCAGUAGAUUUAAACCCGCCAAUACAAAAAGGAAUUAUAGUAAAACUGAGCAGGCCCAUGUAGAUGAUCCUAUGGACGUGGAUACCGGGCAAUCUGACGAAUUUGAAAGGUGGCAAGCUGAUUUGGCCGAAAACUCAAAGAGAGCCUGGCAUUGA